AUUAAAAAUUAUAUUUUUAUCUUUUUUUUUUUUUUGCAAAAGCAAUAUAUACUCAUUGAAUUAAUUCCAAACAAUAUAAGUGGAAGUCCCCCAAAGUCUCACCCCACAGAAGUAACAGACACCUUUUAUUAGGGCAAGAAGCCCAUUUUGAGAUAUCAUAUUUUCAGAAAUCAAAGUUUCUUCCUUACAAAAGUAGACUCAGUGACAAGUUUUUGCUAGAAGCAUACAUUGAAAUAAUCUUAUUAUGUACAUAUGUUUAUUUUUUUAUAUGUCUCAGGAAGUUGGCAUUCUAGCUGUGGGUUGGCAAAGGGCAAAGCCCCUUUCUACUUUGUGUACAGGAUGUGCCUAAUUAAUAGUUACCCCUCUCCGCCUUAAAGCUAUGCUGUAGAUAAAGAUCAUCAGGAGCAUUAGCUUCCAAUACAGAGGGGAACGAUCCAGCAAACCAAAACCAAAGAUACUGUACAAUGAUGAUUGAUACAUAAUACAAUGAAAACUGGUAUUCAUAAGGAUGAUUUUGGAUUAGCCAACUAAGAUUAAAUCCUUAUCUGGGUAGUUUUAAUGCUGAGUAGUAUAAUCUAGGGUUUUAGGAAUGGGCGACCUGCAUAUAUGAUAUAGCUGUAAAUAUAUCUGCUAGCUCAGCUUAUAAACUUAUUAACUGGAAGACGCCAUUCUGAGUAACUUGGACGUCCUUGAGUAGUUACAUUCCAGUUUGCCCUCAGAUAUAUCACUUAUGCACUAAACUGUUUUUCUCUCAGCAGAAAUGGAUUUGGUCAUAUUUGUCUCUUCCUGCAGCUCAGCCUCCCAAAUAAGAUGGCAGCUCAACUGUGAUGCUUGAAUCCCUGACCUUGAUCGCAUUAGCAAUAACUCACAAGUCAGUGCUAGUGACAUGUGUCAGUGUUACCUUAGCUUAUGAAAUAUGUAGGGGGAGAGAUGAAGUCUUAAAAAUAAAUGGGUGCACUUUAUCAUAUGUAAAUUGUACCCCCAAUAAAGUCGAUUUCAAACAAAUUCUGAAUCUGCGGAUGACUUUAGGGAGAGGGAAUACUGGUCUUGACCAAGAUGUGUGUGAUGAUUAGUAAGCUUUGGGAAGCAGCCCCCUAAUAUUGUAAGGAGAUUGUGUUCAUUUAUCAUCUUCCAAGCAUAAUCUAGGCUUCUGGCAAAUUAGACUCAACCACUUUGUUCUACAUUCAGCUGCAGGGGGAGUGAACCCUCCUAGGGAUUCCCAACUCCCUCUGAAACUCCACCCUUCUGGAAGGACUUACGGUUAUAUGGAGGGCUUGGGAGUGGAAGGCACUGUGGAGCUUAUGUUAUGUCCCAAGAUCCUCCACCUGGGCCAGUAAUGGCUAGCCCCAUAAACAAAGUCCCCUUUUGCUGGAACUGCCACCACUAGCUUCCCCCCUUCUCCUAGCCUCUGUGUGGCCCUCUCCCGCGGCGAGCCUUCCCCAUUGGCCAGCCAAACACAACCGACUGCGGCAGCCAAUAGGAGCCGCUCUCCUGAACAUUCAGAGGAUGGGUGCUCGUGGUGUGAUGAGGGGAUGUUGGCGCCUGGUACGCGCCCCCCUACAUCUGGCAAGUCUGUGACAGAAACAGUAACACCCCCUAAACACGCACACGCGCGCCCGCUGGCUCCCUCCUCUCAACUGUGCAGGCCCGGGACAACCCACUGCGUGUCUUGGCAGCGCCCUCUCAGGCUGCCUGGGGCCCGUGAGUGCACCUGCUCACUCAAUAAGACAGAAUAUCCCUUUAUCCCAAGGCGCGGGUCGGGUAGAGGGUGGGGGUAGAGGGGACGGGGUAGCGGGGACCGGGAAGGCGCGGCUCAGCUGCCGGCUGCUCCCGAAGUGAAAGAGGUGCCUUAGCCCCCACCCCAUCCCUGCAGAGUUGCGUUGCUCCAGGGAGGCCGAAGUGAUCCAGUGAUGCCUUAGGGUGCAGCUCUUUGUCCUCCCCAGCUGCGCUCCCUGCCCGCUGAUCCCGUGCGCUCCGAGCCAGUGGGGGUGGGGAGCCCGAAACCUAUAACAUAAAUGGGGGCAAGGAGAAAGAAGUCUAUCCCGGGGUGGCGUGUGCUGCUGUCCCCACCCCCUCCCUUUCCUCCUGAGGCUUCUUCCCUCCGGUCGGUCUCGGGGGUGCAGGCAGGGGAGAGUGUGGGCCGAGGCGCGGCGGCGGCUGGAGCAGCGCCGUAGGGUCCUUCGCCAGAGCAUCCGGUCCGAGGGCGCACACAGGCAGAAGGCUCGCUGCUCGUCCACUCUCCUCCCUCUCUCCUCCUCUCCCUGGCUUUUGUGUUGGUGCCUCCGAGCUGCAAGGAGGGUGCGCUGGAGGAGGAGGAGGGGGGCCCGGAAUGAGAGGCACCCUCUUCACGCGCGCGCGCACACGGUGCCGGCGCACGCACACACGGGCGGACACACACACACGCGCGCACACACACGCGCACAGAGCUCGCUCGCCUCGAGCGCACGAACGUGGACGUUCUCUUUGUGUGGAGCCCUCGAGGGGGGUUGGGGCCCCGGUUCGGUCCGGGGGAGAUGGCGCAGCCCAUCCUGGGCCAUGGGAGCCUGGAGCCCGCCUCGGCCGCUGGCCUGGCGUCCCUGGAGCUUGACUCGUCGCUGGACCAGUACGUGCAGAUUCGCAUCUUCAAAAUCAUCGUGAUUGGGGACUCCAACGUGGGCAAGACCUGCCUGACCUUCCGCUUCUGCGGGGGUACCUUCCCAGACAAGACUGAAGCCACCAUCGGCGUGGACUUCAGGGAGAAGACGGUGGAAAUCGAGGGCGAGAAGAUCAAGGUUCAGGUGUGGGACACAGCAGGUCAGGAACGUUUCCGCAAAAGCAUGGUCGAGCAUUACUACCGCAACGUACAUGCCGUGGUCUUCGUCUAUGACGUCACCAAGAUGACAUCUUUCACCAACCUCAAAAUGUGGAUCCAAGAAUGCAAUGGGCAUGCUGUGCCCCCACUAGUCCCCAAAGUGCUUGUGGGGAACAAGUGUGACUUGAGGGAACAGAUCCAGGUGCCCUCCAACUUAGCCCUGAAAUUUGCUGAUGCCCACAACAUGCUCUUGUUUGAGACAUCGGCCAAGGACCCCAAAGAGAGCCAGAACGUGGAAUCGAUUUUCAUGUGCCUGGCUUGCCGAUUGAAGGCCCAGAAAUCCCUGCUAUAUCGUGAUGCUGAGAGGCAGCAGGGGAAGGUGCAGAAACUGGAGUUCCCACAGGAAGCUAACAGUAAAGCUUCCUGUCCUUGUUGAAACCAAACGGUGUAAAUACAAGAUAAAUUAUCACUGGAGUUUUUCUUUCCCUUUUUUCUGUGCCUGCAUAAUGCUGACACCUGCUUGUUUCCAUACAAAUUGAUAUCAAAAUAAAAUUUGUAUAGAUUA